ACAACAAACACUUUGAUAUUUAUGCCGCCUCCGUUUCCUCCAUCUCUAUAGCCUCCAUCGUCUGACCGUAUAAUCACUUCAACAGAUUCCGUCGUGUAAUCUCGCGCCUAUAUCAAGUGAGAAUGGCGAGCAAUGAUUUGAAGACAUGGGUUUCGGAUAAGCUGAUGGUGCUACUUGGCUAUUCUCAAAUAACUCUUGUUAACUAUGUCAUUGUAAAGGCUAAACAAUCAAAAUCACCAGCUGAACUUGUUGGAGUGUUGAUGGAUAACGGAUUUGCUUCUUCUGGUGAUACUCGUUCCUUUGCGGAAGAGAUUUUUGCUAGAGUUCCUCAUCAAACUGCUUCUGUGAAUCUUUACCAACAACGGGAAGCAGAGGCAGCAAUGCUAGUGAGGAAGCAACAAACAUAUGCUCUUAUAGAUGAUGACGAUGAUGAUGAAGACGAAGUGGUUAAGGAGAAAAAACCUUCAGCUUCUGAAUCUAAAAAGUCAGAUAAGGGCAAGAAAAGGUUUAGAAAGAAAAGUGGGCAGUCAGAUGACAGUGAUGAAGAGGUGCCUGUUAGAGAGGACAGUAGACACGUUCGAAGAAAGGUUUCUGAAGAUGAGGAUGAUGGUUCUGAGUCAGAAGAGGAAAGAGUGCGUGACCAAAAGGAGAAAGAAGAACUCGAGCAGCAUAUAAGAGAUCGUGAUACUGCACGGACACGAAAGCUAACGGAGCAAAAGUUGUCAAAAAAAGAGCAAGAGGAGGCUCUUCGAAGAGCGAACGCUUUGGAGGAGGAUGAUUUAAACUCUUUAAGGAAAGUUUCAAGACAAGAAUAUUUGAGGAAGAGGGAACAGAAGAAACUGGAAGAACUAAGGGAUGAGAUAGAAGAUGAACAAUAUCUUUUCGCAGAUGAAAAGCUCACAGAAACAGAGCUUCGUGAGUAUAGAUACAAGAGAGAGCUUUAUGAUCUGGUGAAGAAAAGAACACAAGAUGAAGAUAACGUAGAGGAGUAUAGAAUUCCAGAUGCUUAUGAUGAUCAAGAGGGGGGUGUUGAUCAGGAGAAGAGAUUUGCUGUUGCUGUGCAACGAUACAAGGACCUGGAUUCAAGGGAGAAGAUGGAUCCAUUUGCAGAGCAAGAAGCUUGGGAGGACCAUCAGAUUGGAAAAGCAAGACUAAAAUUUGGCUCAAAGAACAAAAAAGCCUCAGACGAUUAUCAGUUUGUGUUCGAGGACCAAAUAAAUUUUAUAAAGGAAUCUGUGAUGGCUGGUGAAAAUUAUGAAGAUGGUAUGCAUCCUAAAGAGGCUCAAGAUGCGGCUGAAAAAACAGCUUUAGAAGAACUUCAGGAGGUCAGAAAAAGCCUGCCAAUUUACGGGUAUCGUGAGCAGUUGCUUCAGGCCGUGGAAGAGCAUCAGGUUCUUGUCAUUGUGGGAGACACUGGUUCAGGAAAGACAACACAAAUACCACAAUAUCUCCACGAAGCUGGUUACACAAAGCGAGGAAAGGUUGGUUGUACACAGCCCCGAAGAGUUGCAGCUAUGAGUGUUGCUGCCCGUGUGGCUCAAGAGAUGGGUGUCAAACUUGGACAUGAGGUUGGCUAUUCCAUUCGAUUUGAGGAUUGUACUUCAGAUAAAACUGUUCUGAAGUAUAUGACUGAUGGAAUGCUUUUGCGUGAGCUGCUUGGGGAACCAGAUCUGGCCAGCUACAGUGUCGUUAUUGUAGACGAGGCGCACGAAAGAACCUUGUCAACCGAUAUACUGUUUGGAUUAGUUAAGGAUAUAGCGCGGUUUCGACCAGAUUUGAAGUUGUUGAUAUCUAGUGCAACAAUGGAUGCCGAAAAGUUUUCUGAUUAUUUUGAUACAGCGCCGAUUUUUAGUUUCCCAGGGAGAAGGUAUCCAGUUGAAAUUAACUUUACAAGUGCACCUGAAGCUGAUUACAUGGACGCAGCAAUAGUUACUGUGCUUACUAUCCAUGUGAGGGAGCCGCUUGGAGAUAUAUUGGUCUUCUUAACUGGUCAAGAGGAAAUUGAAACCGCAGAAGAAAUCUUGAAGCAAAGGAUAAGAGGUUUGGGUACAAAGAUCCGUGAAUUAAUCAUAUGCCCGAUUUACGCAAACCUUCCAAGCGAACUCCAAGCAAAGAUAUUUGAGCCAACUCCAGAAGGGGCACGUAAAGUAGUCCUAGCGACAAACAUUGCUGAAACAUCAUUGACGAUUGAUGGUAUAAAGUAUGUUGUUGAUCCUGGAUUUAGCAAGAUGAAAUCAUAUAACCCGAGAACAGGGAUGGAGUCUUUGCUGAUUACUCCUAUCUCCAAGGCUUCAGCAACUCAACGUGCUGGACGAGCUGGAAGAACAAGCGCAGGGAAGUGUUACCGUCUGUACACAGCGUUUAAUUACAACAACGACUUGGAGGAAAACACGGUGCCAGAAGUACAGAGGACGAAUCUUGCAAGUGUGGUACUUGCUUUAAAGAGUCUUGGAAUUCAUGAUCUCAUAAACUUUGAUUUCAUGGACCCUCCACCUGCUGAAGCACUUGUGAAGGCUUUAGAACUUCUCUUCGCUCUAGGUGCUCUAAAUAAGCUCGGUGAAUUGACUAAAGCCGGUAGAAGGAUGGCAGAGUUUCCCCUUGAUCCGAUGUUAUCGAAGAUGAUUGUUGUUUCGGACAAGUACAAGUGCUCAGAUGAGAUAAUAUCAAUUGCUGCUAUGUUGUCCGUUGGAGGGUCUAUCUUCUACCGUCCCAAGGACAAACAGGUUCACGCUGACAAUGCACGAAUGAAUUUUCACACUGGAAAUAUCGGUGAUCAUAUUGCUUUGCUAAAGGUUUACAGCUCAUGGAAGGAAACAAACUACUCCACACAGUGGUGCUAUGAGAACUACAUUCAGGUACGGAGCAUGAAAAGAGCCAGAGAUAUCCGUGACCAGUUGGAAGGACUUCUCGAGAGAGUGGAAAUAGAAAUCAGCUCAAACAUGAACGAAUUGGAUUCAGUUAGAAAGUCCAUUGUAGCUGGCUUUUUCCCGCACACUGCGAAGCUGCAGAAGAAUGGAUCAUAUCGAACUGUGAAGCAUCCCCAGACAGUGCACAUACAUCCCAAUUCAGGCUUAUCUCAGGUGUUGCCAAGAUGGGUUGUAUAUCAUGAACUAGUGCUCACCUCCAAGGAAUAUAUGCGACAGGUAACGGAGUUGAAACCAGAGUGGUUGAUUGAGUUAGCUCCUCACUACUACCAGCGCAAGGACGUUGAAGAUGAUGCAUCAAAGAAAAUGCCCAAAGGAGCUGGUAAAGCUGCGAUCUAAGAAGUCAAAGACUGGAAACAGAUGUGGGUGUAUAGAAAACUUUGGCAGAUUGCUAGAAGAGCUUUCUUUACCACUACAUUUAACUUCUUUUUGAAUAAUAACAAUGUUUAUGAAUAGUCCAAAUCAGUGACCACUUUCUUCACUAACUUUUUCUUGGCAUCUCAAAACACGUGAUACAAUUCUCUACCUAAUUUAUCAUAUAAAGCAAACACUGGUCACUGGUCAUCUACACUA